AUGGGAAGUGAAGAUAACUCAAGUCCCUUGGUCGUUGAGAAAUCAGAAGUGGUUCUAGUGAAACCAUCAAAGCCAACACCUGAUGUCUCUCUCUUUCUCUCCACCAUCGACAAUAAUCCUAACAUCGAAGCCAUUCUCAAAACCAUAUGCGUCUUCGCUCCCAAACCUUAUCUUAAAGAUCAAGCCAGCCAUGAUCCAGCUUCUCUUCUCCAAUAUGCUCUCUCUAAUGCCCUUGUCUAUUACUACCCUCUUGCCGGAAAACUUCACCGGAAGUCCGAUGACAAUAGACUUCAGUUGAAUUGCAAAGCCGGAGAUGGAGUCCCCUUUAUAAGGGCAACUGCCACGUGCACUCUCUCUUCUCUCAAUUACUUGGACAAUGCUGACCACUUGGACGCCGCCUACCAACUGGUGCCUUGUUACGAACCAGUGACGGGCUGUGAGGGAUACGAUCCUCUGGCUUUACAGGUCACACAGUUUGCGUGUGGAGGAAUCACUAUUGGAAUGUCUCACUCUCACUCAGUCUGUGAUGGUGUUGGAGUGGCUCAUUUUUUCCGAACGAUGAACGAGCUUGCCUCCGGAAAGACCCAACUCACCGUCAUCCCCGUAUGGGAGAGAGAGAGGCUCAUCUUUAACAACAUUAACGGUGAACUCGGAGACUUCAACAAAAAUCCGGAAGUUGUUGAUUUGCCGAAGGCUUUUUCGUCUAUUGCUACUUCGCCUUAUACACUGACUGAGGACAUGGUCUGUGAGAUCCUGUACAUUACUUCCCAAGAUAUUACAAAACUCAAAAAGAUAGUUGGAGAGGACGAGCAAAUGACGAAUGACAAAGAGAAGGUGGUAGUCACGAUCACGACUCUAGAGAUUCUUGCGGCCCACGUCUGGAGAGCACGAUGCCGAGCCCUGAAGCUGAAUCCAGAGGGAACUACGGAUCUAUGGUUAGCCAUUGGUAUCUGUAGCAUUAUGGAGCCGGCAUUACCAGAAGGCUACUACGGCAAUGCCUUUGUCAAUGCAUAUGUGUCAUUGACAGCUAGCGAGCUAAGCGAAUCAUCAUUGUCUCAUGUCGUGAGGCUCAUAAAGAACAUGAAGACAGCUGCGAUACGCAAGGAGUAUGUAUUGGGGGAACUUAGCAAAAUUGAGGGAACGUUAAAGAUGAAGGCAUCGGUUACGGGUAUCAACGCCGGGUCCAUGAUGCUCUCGGAUUGGCGACAAAUCGGUCUGCAUUAUAAUGGCUGGGGAGGUUUAGUGAACAUAAUACCGUUGCUUCCAGUGAAUUUUCCCCAACUCUGUGUUUUUUUGCCAUCUUCAAAGGCAGUUCCAGGGAUGGAAGGUGGCGUUCGUGUGCUAGUUACGCUACCGAAGGCUGCAAUGGCUAAGUUCAAAGAGGAGAUGAGUGUUUCUUAACUAUUAAACGGCGUACGGUCUUGCAUGAGCUUGAUUAAUGUUUCAAGUAUAUAUUGCUUUUGAUUUUAUUAUGAACAAUUACGUACUGAA